AUGGUCACAACAAAGCGUGUGGCGAGGCUCCCAGAGGACGCACCACUACCUACCGCAGGCGGUACCUCGACCGCGCUCGGACUGCUCGCCGGUGCCGACCGAGUCGAGGGCUGUCUUCUCGGGAACGGUGAGCGGUCAGGCAGCGUAGACCUCGUCGCCGUCACGCUCAACAUGUAUAUGCAAAGCGUGCCUUGCAGACUGGACCUCAGCAAUAUACAAUCCACGAUAGACCUCGUAACCGAGCUCACCUCCAUCCCUGUCCAUCCCCGGCACCCCUACGCCGGGGAGCUCAUCUUCACCGCCUUCUCCAGUCAGCACCAGGACGGGAUCAAGAAGGGGCUCAAGUCGCGAGGCGCGCCGGCCAGCCGCUGCUCUGGGACGUUCCGUACCUCCCGCUGGACCCUGCGGAUCGUUAACUCAGGCGGAACUCAGGAGGUACAAGUGCGGAUGUCAGCCAACGUGCGGUCGACCCGCGAAGUGAAGGGGCGUGCAGUUGGGAGGGAAUGGGAAGACGAGAAGAUCAGCGAGGCUCAGGCGCGGGAGCAUCAGCAAUGCGCGCGCCAGGCACCGGGGCUACAGGCUCAUGGGGCGGAGGCGCGACCUCUGGGACAACGAGUUCGGGAACAGCGGGCGCAGAUGGUGCAGCGAAGGAAGAGCCGCCCGGGACCAUCGUCAUCAAGCAGCGGUCUAUUGCGCUCCGAUGCUCUUGCACUUGGCUUCCAUCAUCCUCCGAAGUUCGCGCGACCGCUACGACCGACGGAAGACUUCGAGAACCUCAUCCAGCGUGCGGCACGCCAGCCCACCGGCCAGCCGACCACGAAGGCUAAGACUGGUCAGGCCGCUGUAAAGUCAGCGCCGGCUGCUAAGAAGUCCUCCACCGCUACGAAAGCCUCAUCGAAGGGCGCCACGGGUUCCAAGCGCGGCAGGCAGGAAACCCCAGAGAGAAAUGGCAAGACCUCCCAGCCCGACAUUCUGUCCCCGUCCGAGAAGCGGUUGUACGACAAGUUGAAAGCGAAGAUGGAGCAGGCCGAGAAGCAGGCGGCGGCCGAACAUCGAUCCAACGUACGAAGGACGAGCACAGCUAUGUUGCUAGAGGAGAACACGUCUGGCGCAGAGGACGAGGAGGAUGAGGAUGAGCAACUGAGGCGCAAGAAGGUGAAGAAGAACGUGGAGAUCAGGCUCAGCGAGGAUGAAGAACAGGACGAGCUUGUCGAGGAGGAGGAGGUGGCGGCGGAGGCGGAAGCGGAAGCAGAGGAGGAGAUGCGAGUGGAGCCAGAGCGAGAGGUGGGCAAUGCAAACGAUGUGGAUAAUCCCCCAGAGGCACCUCUGCCUCCGCGCCCCAAACCUAAACCAAGGCCUGCGUUUGGUUGGAAGCCGGCGAACGAACCUGAGAAAGCCAAGAAUGACCGGGGCGACACUUUGCUCGACGCAGACGAGCGUAACCUUGCGACAGCUCUCGGUAAGCCUCAAUCGUCGUCAGCAACGUCAAAAAACAAUCCGAAGGCAAGGCAGCGAAACAACCAUGCUCAUGGGGACAGUGGGUCAGAAGACGACGAAGAGCAACGCACUAAUGUCACGCAGCGUGCCAAAGCCAAGAAAGUGUGGCGCAUGGACGCCGUUGUCAUUGACUCACCUCCAAAAAAGGUGAAGAUUACGCAGCAGACGGUGGUCAACAAGAACAAGGGCAAGGGUGCGGCGGUCAAGACCAAGGGCAAGGGUGCAGCGGUUGAGAAGAACAAGGGCAAGGGUACGAGGGUCAACAAGAAGCAGAAGAAACAGCGUGACUGGUUGGACACCGACACCGAGUCGGAGAACAAGACCGAGCCGGACGCGGACGAUACGGAAGAAGACCAUGAGUCGGACAGUGACUCGGACAGCGACAGCGACAGCGACGACGAUGAUUCGGAGGAAGACAGAGACGUGGAGGACGAGGCGAUGGAUGAGGACAGUGAGGAUGAAGUGAUCGUUGUCAAGGCCCCGAAGAGUAAGGCCGGUGUGGGAAGCCCCACAGAGCAGGCCCGGAACCAAUGGAUAUAA